AAGAGUACACAGUACCGUGUGUCUCACAAUCUAUUGCACUGUUUAACCCUCUGUGUGCACCAGGGUGGUCUGGUGCCCUCCUGCAAGGCGCACUACUGACAGACCAGGGACCCAGCCUGUGUGAGGGGGGAGUGGGAGGGAGAGCUGCCUGACAUGCCUGGAAUAAUUCCGCUUCCGCUGCCAGAGGACAGCCUUCCCUGCAAGCAUUUCAAAUCCCUAUUCCUGAUCCCAGCUCUUGCUGCACCCACUGGCCAUGGCAACUUCCCCCCAGAAAUCCCCCUCUACCCCAAAAUCUCCGACCCCCAAAUCCCCCCCUUCUAGAAAGAAAGAUGACUCCUUCCUGGGCAAACUUGGAGGAACUUUGGCAAGAAGAAAAAAAGCUAAAGAAGUGUCUGAACUUCAAGAGGAAGGGAUAAAUGCUAUCAACCUACCUCUCAAUCCAAUUCCCUUUGAACUAGACCCUGAGGACACCAUGCUUGAGGAAAAUGAAGUCAGGACAAUGAUUGAUCCAUAUUCAAGAAGUGACCCCAGGCUUCAAGAACUAAUGAAGGUUCUAAUUGACUGGAUUAAUGAUGUGCUGGUAGGAGAGAGAAUCAUUGUGAAAGACAUUGCCGAGGAUAUGUACGACGGACAGGUUUUACAAAAACUUUUUGAAAAACUUGAAGGUGAAAAAUUGAAUGUUGCAGAAGUCACCCAGUCUGAAAUCGCCCAGAAGCAAAAGCUGCAGACUGUGUUGGAAAAAAUCAAUGAGACGCUUAAGCUUCCUCCGAGAAACAUCAAGUGGAAUGUUGACUCUGUUCAUGCCAAAUCAGUGGUUGCCAUCCUACAUCUUUUGGUAGCGUUAUCCCAGUACUUCCGCGCUCCUAUACGACUUCCAGAUCAUGUCUCCAUUCAGGUCGUCGUUGUGCAGAAGUUGGAUGGAAUGUUGCAGUCUCGACAAAUCCAAGAGGAAAUCACUGGUAACACAGAGGCCUUAUCAGGAAGACACGAGCGAGAUGCAUUUGAUACCCUCUUUGACCAUGCUCCAGACAAACUUAAUGUUGUAAAAAAGACUCUAAUCACAUUUGUGAAUAAGCACCUAAAUAAAUUGAAUCUGGAGGUCACUGAACUUGAAACACAGUUCGCUGAUGGGGUUUAUCUAGUACUGCUGAUGGGACUUUUGGAGGGAUAUUUUGUUCCUCUGCACAAUUUCUUCUUGACUCCAGACAGCUUUGAACAAAAGGUCCUGAACGUCUCCUUUUCCUUUGAACUUAUGCAAGAUGGUGGUUUGGAAAAACCAAAACCUCGUCCUGAAGAUAUUGUGAACUGUGAUUUAAAGUCCACAUUGCGAGUUCUCUACAACCUGUUCACUAAAUAUCGAAGCGUGGAAUAAAAGCGAAUCGCAGUGAGAGAGGUUCCAAGUGACAAAUCAUUUCUAGCCAAUUUAUGUAUUUUUUUUUUAUUUGAUUUUAUUUUUUUUUAAUCACGGAUAUGAAGGGAACAAUUAUGUUUGUGCAUAUUUUUUUUCACUUGUUUAAGAAUAUUUCCUAAUAUUGAAUGUCUUACAAUUUAGGGAAUUACCAGUUGUUCAUCCACAAUAACUUUAGUAUAUUUGUAUCAUCUUCUCCAUGUUCACGCUGUAAUUUACUAUUAUAUUGUUAAUACUUUAUUUAAAAAAAAAUGUUUUAUUCUCAGUUAAUUGGGUCAUAAAUAUAUUGUUAUACUGACUGAUAUAUUUGUUCUUCGUGCAGAUUAACAUGGAAUAUAGUUUGUCAUGAAAUCUGAAGCUUUUUUACACCAGGGUUGUUAAAACUAAUGCUUGAGGGCCACAUAUGGCCCUCCAGUGGCUUUGGUGUGGUCCUUAGCACUAUUGAUCAGAAAACAAAUAUCAAUAAUUUGUUUAAGAAAACCAGUUCUACUCUGUAUAUGUGUGGGCGCAUAUGUUCCCCAUAUUUACUAUUGCAUGAGCUAACGUUUAUGCAUUGCCACCCCCAACUCUCGUGCAAACAAUUACAUGGGAGAAGGACUUGUCAAUCACCGUGGUCGAAUGAAUCCGGGGUGAUUUUCAUCCACCAAAUCCAAGUUGGCAAGAUAGUUUAAACCGCUGCUUCGUAAAAAAUCAGUUGCAGCCUCAAACGAACAAGCCUGCCAGUCAAGGCAUUCGCCUCGUGAUAAAUAUUGCUGUGUUCAUUUUUAAAUUCUACAUUUCAAUAACAAACUUUUCAAAUAAUAAAAGUGUUUGAUAAGGUAACCUAAUACCACUGAAAAAUAACACAAACAUAGCACAAUUUUAAUAAAGAUGGUUGGGGUCCAUUCUAUUCUGAUUUCCCAUGUGAAGUGUAUCAAACAGAAUACAUAAGUUAGCUUUAAAUCUACAUGGGCUUCAAAAUUAAAAAAAUGUUUCCAUUAAUGCAAACUUAGUAAAAAAUAAAUUCUAGAUCUAAAUGCCUUCAUUUAAAGGGACAUUUAACACCAGAAUUGUUAUAGUUUAAAAAGAUAGAUAACGCCUUUACUACCCAUCCCCCAGCUUUGCACAACCAACAUUGUUUUAUUAAUAUACUUUAUAACCUUUACACCUCUAAAUGUCUGCCUCUUUCUAAGACACUACAGACAGCCUUUUAUCACAUGCUUUUUUAUUAGCUUUUCACAGCAGGAGAGUGCUAGUUCACGUGGGCCAUAUAGAUAACAUUGUACUCACGCCCGUGGGUUGUGCACAACACAGCACUAAUUGGCUAAAAUGCAAGUCAAUAGAUAAUAAAUAAAAAGUCAUGUGAUCAGGGGGCUGUCAGAAGAGGCUUAGAUACAAGAUAAUCACAGAAGUAAAAAGUAUAUUAAUAUAACCAUGUUGGCUGUACAAAACUGGGGAAUGGGCAAUAAAGGGAUUAUCUAUCUUUUAAUCAAUAACAUUUUUGGAGUUGACUGUCCAUUUAAAGUUUCUUUAUGCUUUCACUGUAAUUCGGUAGUAAAAUCCAGCCUGUUUCCAAACCCACCAUAUUAUUAUUAUUAUUAUUGGUUAUUUGUAGAGCACCAACAGAUUCCGCAGCGCUAAAUAGCACCAUAGGGCACUUUGUUCAUAUCCAGUCAUGUUGGGCUACUUGAGUUGGAGUAGCAUUGCUUUUUCACUGACUCACGCAUGUAAUAAUACAUGUGCAAUUGAUUCCCAUUCCCAUUGCGCAUGCGCACUAUGCUACUGAUGUAACCACUGUCUAUUCCCAUGCUGUAGCGAAAGCAGAGAGGCGCAGUAUGAUAAUUUGCUUAGUUCUCUUGGUAUCCUUUACUGAAAAGCAUACCUAUGUAGGCUCAGGAGGUGAGAGCUAGCUGCUGGUUGGUGGCUCUUGUUAUUGGCUUACUGAUGUGUUCAGCUAGCUCACAGUAGUGCAUUUCUACUCCUUCAACAAAGAAUACCAAGAGAAUGAAACAAAAUUGACAAUAGGAUUAAAUUGGAAAGUUGUUUAAAAAUGUAUUCUCCAUCAGAAUCUUGAAAGACAAAUUUUAGGUUUCAUGUAUCUUUAAUACACUUUUACACAACAUUUUAUAACCCAUUAAAGCCUCAUAAUUCAGCAAGGACAUACACAUUUUAAAAAAAAUGUCAAAUUUAUAUCUUUUUUUUUUUUUUUUAUAAAUUCUUUCCAUACCAGAAUUCCUAGACAGGCUUCAUAUAGUAUUCAAGACACGUGCACACUCCUGAGCCGACCUUAGUAUGCUCUCAUGAAAAGGAGCUAAAUUUCAACUAUAAUAGCAAAAGAAAGAGGUUCAUUGGAUUUCUUUCAAAUCUGUGCUGAAUUAUAAAACUUUAAUUGUGACUUCCAUAUGCUUUUAGUGUAUCAUCCCCACUGUAAAAAUAUAUUUUUUUAAUGCUGUUUUUAGCAGAGAGAGAGAACAUUUUGUUGCUUUAUUUUUGCAAACUACCCAUAGAUUUGCUUCCUAAUCCCAUCCCUCACUAAGGUUUGUUUCUCAUUUCAGCUCCAUUCAGGCAUUUAUUCAGGGUAUCGGUUUAAACUUCAAGAUCACAGUGGCAGACAGAUUGUACAAGAGAGAGCUGCUCCUGUAUAAUAGGUUGCCUAAUGUUGAAUGUACUUCAAAAGGAAUUAUAAAUAUUUUCCACUCCCAGUGUCCCCUGAAAGCUUUUGCCUUAAUGCAGCCAUCUUCACCCCGUUUAUAAUGUGUGGCGUCUCAGUGGAAGAGCACUUCCAUAUUGUGUAAAGAGAUGCUAUUAACCCUGCCUUUUUCUCUACCAUUAUUAAGUUAUUUCCUGUUCUAUGUGUGAAAAUGCUUCUGUUAUGGAAACCAUUUGUGCUUCCAUAAUGUGGCAUUCUAUAAAAGCAUAGACCCCUUACCCUAUCAGUCAUAACAUUAAAGGCUUAAAGGGGCAUGUCUCUCUUUGUUGCACCUAAAAGAUGGUAUUGUAAAAUAAAUAUUUGUUGGGGGACAAAAGUAACAUGAAGGAAUUGCAUGCCCUAUUUUUAAGCUUAGUGUAGAAGAUUGGUGCAGCCAAUCAGAUACUGUUCCGCCAGCCCUAUAGAUGCUAAGCAGAGUGCGCUUCAGCUUGACCCGUUUUAGCAGAUUUAUGGCCUCUAAUGCAGUGAGGUGGAAGCAAGUUCUGCUUAGAGUCUGUAGGGCAGGUAGUAUGGUGCCUGAUUGGUUGUAUCAGCCGCUUACACAAAGACUAAACAUAUGUUAGAACAGGGGGUGGAUAGUAGGUAAACUCAGGGUCGGAACUGCCAUUGGUGCAGUGGCCCCAGGGCCAAGUGCUAGAUAUAGGGGCCCAUAGAAGCCAGUCUAUACAUAAGCAUAAUCUAUCUUUCUAUCUAUAGACCUAUCUCUAGCCUCAAAAUGAUUAUACAGAGCAGCAUGUAUAUUAUUACUUUUGCUUACUACUAAAGGGGUAUGAAGCCCAAAAAAUGUAUUGUGUGACUCAGACAGAGCUUACUAUUUUUUUAAAAAAGUUUCCAAUUGACUUCUAUUAUCAAAUGUGCUUUGUUCCCAUGAUAUUCUGUGUUGAACGGAUACCUAGGUAGGCAUCUAGAGCACUACUUAGCAGGAACUAGUGCUGCAAUCUAUUGCUCUUGCAAAUGGAUAACAUUCUUGCAAAACUGCUGCCAUAUAGUGCUCCAGACAUGGGCCGGCUCCUUAGCCUAUGUCCCUGCUUUUUAACAAAAAAUACCAAGAGAACGAAGAAAAAUUGAUAAUAGAGGUAAAUUAGAAAGCUGUUUAAAAUUCUAUGCUUUAUCUAAAUAGUGAAAGAAAAAUGUUAUGUUUUGUAUCCCUUUAAGUUACUUUUUUUGGGGGGGCAAAACCUUUUGCACCAGGGCCCUCUUUGAGCAGGUCAGCGACUGGGUAAACAGGCACCUGAGAGGGAACAUAUUACUCACACAUAGAGUUACCGCAACAGCCAUGUUUUCCUGGACAGUUAUGAGUUACACAUGCUGCAGGGUGUGUAGAGAAAAACCUGAAUAGUGCUGUCCAGGGUCACUAUGUAUGUGUUGUCCAGAGAGGCACACCCUGCAACAUGGGUAACUCAUAACUUCCGAGGUGGCAAUCCUACUCACACAUCUAUGAUUUUAAAUGCAUUUUAAUGUAGUUGCCCCUUUAAUAGACAUAUGUGACACACAUGACAUAACCAAAGGUGAAGAUGAGAAUUGAUACAUUGUAUUCUGUGCUUGAUCUCAUUAAAAUACCCCUGGAAUUUGUCAGCUUCUAGAAUAUGUCAAAAACUUGUUUCUCUGUCAAUGUACAUAUUUCUUUAAAAGGAAAAAACCCAAAAACAAUCUCCAGCUGUAUCCUCUUAAGAUUAAUUACAUUUACUGUUUAUGACCUGGAUGAAAUGGUACCACUUUUAGCAAAGAACAUUAUAAUUAGUUUAUUACAGCAUAGUUUGCUUACAAUUAUUUAAAACAUUAUUCUUGUGCCUUUAGUCAGAACAGCCGUAUAAUUAUCCGCUGUGAUAAUUAAUUUCAAUCAACCUAUACAGCAAACAUUACUGGUUACAGAUUUCACACAGUGCUUAAAUUGAUAGUAUCAAUGUUUACUUAAAUAGUUCUGUGUUUUUAACCAAAAUCCAUCUGCAGGAUACUUAUUUAACCCUUCUGAUGCCCAUAGCAGCUACAAAGGCAGUUUUAUGGAAAGCCAUAUUAACAUAUGAAAGGUGCUAUUUUUCUGUACAAAAUACUAAAUAUAGGAAGCAUAUAAUUUUAGUAAAACUCAGUAUAUUGCUUAUUAACUUACUUAACCAUAGGCACUUAACAUUAAAGGGACAGUAUACUGUAAUUGUUAUUUUCAAUGACUUGUUAUACCAGCUGCUGAGUAUAAAAUGUAUGAGAAAUUGCAUUUUCAGGUUUAUUUGUGUAUAUGAAAUUUCUGUUUUGUGAUUUUAAACCAUGACCUUUUGGAAUGGGUUGAGCUUGCAGGUAAAAUGUAAUUUCAUUAUGUUAUCACUGUGUACACAGACUUGCUUCCUUAUCUUAUAUUUGUUUGUAAACCAAAGCCCAAUACUUAGAGAGGACAAUGGAACAUUAGCAUUUUUUUACUUAACUAUCCUGCACCCCACUGGGAGUGUAAUUGCCACUUCUGGCUUUGUUUACAUUGCUUGUCAAUAGCUUAGACGUAAGACCAGAAACUUUCAGUAUAGCUGGGGAUACCACAGGAUAAAUCAGCUAUUUUAAAUACCAAAAUAAGGGUAAAGGGAGCUAUGUGUAAACCAUUUAAUACAAUCCAGCAGGUAAAAUGGAUCAUUGGUAACAAUUUAAAGGGGAUAAAAAUUUGGGGGAAACUGUCCCUUUAAUAUAAAAAACAGUAUGCAAAUAGUUUUAUCUUGACACAAAGAAUUAUUUUUUAUCACAUAUUUAGUACAUUCAUCUAUAUUUUUAUUAUUACUGUUUAAUAAAUUGCUUAUUUAUUUUUCAUACAUGCAUCUGCACUAUAUGUAUAUCCAAUAGGCUUUUAUAUUUGUGAGGCAAGAAUUAAUACUAAUCCUUUAGCAGUAAAUUAAAACGACAAAUACGUUACAUUUUUGUACGAUGAAUUAAGAGAAUUAGUUGUAAUGUUACAUUUGUUUAGUAUGAUAAUUACUUUGGCAUUGAAAAAAAUGUCUCUUUGCAAAGUGCUGAAAACAUUCCUGCAAACUUUUAGUAAAUAUCGUUUUCUUUUUGCCAUCCUUUUUUCAAGCAUUUAAAAACAAAUUGUAUCAAAAUCACAUUUAUGUAAAAAUAUUUUGUAAUGAUUGCGCCCACCUAGAGAUGCAAGUUAAAGGGAGAGUCUAGUGUGAAAAUAAAAUAAACUGUUUCAUUAGAACAUUUUAAUUUUAAAUAAGUUCCCUCCUUUUAUUAUGUGUUUAUAUUUAUAUAUAUUAUAUAUAUAUACAUACACACACAUAUACAUCAGCUGAUGUUAGGCAUGAGAGUGUCAGUUAUUAAAGGGAUGGAGAUAAUGUUUAGCUAUUGAAUUUGAAGAUGUUUUCAAUAAAAUCAGACUUUUUUGUUAUCACAUUUUUCACUAUUUUUAUAUCAUUUGUAUAAUUAUAUCUUUAUGCCACUUUAAGUAUACAGAACAUCUGUGUAAUGUUUUAGUGAAUUAUAGUAGAUUUGUUUUUAUUCCUAUGGUACUUCACAAAAAUGUCACUAACUACAAUGAAAUAUAUAAUAAAAUGUGUGUAAAUGUAUGUGUAUAUUUUUUUAUAAAUGAUGCUACAUAAUGUUUAUUAUGAUUCACAUUAAAGGCUCUCUUAAUAGCA